AUGAUAACAGUGGAGAAGCGCCGUAGCGACACGUGAACACAGUGGACACUUGGACAGCGUGGGAUGGGACGCUGCAGCGGUUUUUCCAUAAAUCACUUUUCUUUUGCCCCAUCGUUUCCUCGAUUCUCUCUCUCUCUCUCUCUCUCUCUCUCUCUUUGUAUCCAACAGUUGAAAAGGAGAUUCUUUUCUUAUUUACAAACAUUUGAGUUUUAUGGUUUAAGUUUGAGAAAGUUUAGAGAAAGAGAUGAAGCGCUUCUACUAGUGGUUGGAUUGUUGGUGACAAGGAUUCUGGACCAGAGAUUGCCUCUUUGCUGUUCGAGUAAUUUCGCCACUAACCGCUAUCUAAACUGCUCUUUGCUAUCAACAAAAAAGCACGCAAUGCCUGGAGCAACCGAACCCGAGAAUGCCGAUGGAGCCUCCGUUAAAGUCGGUGCAACGGGCACCGUUAGCUCGCUAAUGUCACGAGAAUUGAAUUCCACGAAAAAUUCACCUCAGCCAUCUCCUUCUUCAUCAAGGAGAAGGCAUCAAUCUGCCCCAGUUUCAGUACCAUGCGGCGCCAGCCCCAGAAAAGCAAUCCAACGAAAAGCCUCACAAGAUGACUCUCCAGGAAGCCGCAGCCGCAGCCGCAGCAGCAGCAGCAGUAGCAGUGCCAGAAGCAGUAAUGGAAGUACUUCUCAAAGAAACAGCAGUGCCCAGAAUAAUGGAAACCGAGUCCCAAUACUACGUUCUAACGAUAUUCUUGCUGAUAGAAAUCCUAACGUAGACAAAGCAGAAAAGAAAGGACAUGCUUACAUUGUCGAAGUUGUAGACCUUAAGUGCAACAAUCCGAUGAGUAGCCGACUUAAGAAGCUCGGCUUCUCUAAGCUCUCCGAAUCCAUUGCUUAGUCCUGAGACAACUCCUUCCCCUCUGUUCUCAAGUUUCU